GGAUGAUCCAUAAUUAUUGGUUCCAACACCCACCCUUAUAAAGACCCCAAAACUUUUGGAGAAAAAACGAAAGGGAAACUGAAGAAAAAAAAGCAUGGCCUCUGCUUACGCCACCCCAAGCUUCGCGCCCUCCUCCGCCGCUCUACUGCCGCAUCCCCCGUCCUCUCGAUCCUUCCACCUCUCGUUCCUCACCUCCCCCGCCCUCGCCCCCUUCAAGCUCUCCCAUUCUUGUUCACGACGCAAGUCUCUCCCUUUCGUCCUCGCCAACGCCCUUAACGCCGUCUCCUCCCCCGACGUCGCCGCCUCGAAACCCCCGAGCCUCGACGCCGGCUCCGCGGUAUCCCGGCCCACGAUCCUCGUCUCCGAGAAGCUCGGGGACGCCGGGCUCGAGGUGCUGCGCGGCUUCGGCGUCGUCGACGCCUCCUACGGCCUCUCACCGGAGGACCUCUGCACCAAGAUCUCGCUCUGUGACGCCUUGAUCGUGCGCAGCGGCACCAAGGUCACGCGCCAGGUCUUCGAGGCCGCCAAGGGCCGCCUGAAAGUGGUCGGCCGCGCCGGCGUCGGCAUCGAUAAUGUGGAUCUGCAGGCCGCCACCGAGUUCGGUUGCCUGGUCGUCAACGCGCCCACCGCCAACACGAUCGCCGCCGCAGAGCACGGCAUCGCCCUCCUCACCGCCAUGGCUCGAAAUGUCGCCCAAGCCGACGCCUCCAUGAAAGCUGGCAAAUGGCAACGCAACAAGUAUGUGGGUGUGUCUCUGGUGGGGAAGACACUUGCAGUUAUGGGAUUUGGAAAAGUUGGAUCUGAAGUCGCAAGACGCGCAAAAGGCCUGGGCAUGCAUGUUAUUGCACACGAUCCUUAUGCACCUGCUGACAGAGCCCGUGCUAUUGGCGUAGAGUUGGUCUCUUUUGAUCAGGCCGUCUCCACUGCUGAUUUCAUCUCUCUCCAUAUGCCCCUUACUCCUGCUACUAAAAACAUAUUUAAUGACGAAAAUUUUUCUAAGGUGAAGAAGGGAGUCCGCAUCAUUAAUGUUGCUAGAGGUGGAGUAAUUGAUGAAGAUGCACUAGUAAGGGCCCUUGAUAGUGAAUUAGUUGCUCAGGCAGCACUUGAUGUGUUCACAGAGGAGCCCCCACCCAAAGAUAGCAAGCUAGUGCAACAUGAGAAUGUCACUGUCACGCCUCAUCUUGGAGCUAGCACGAAAGAGGCACAGGAAGGUGUUGCUAUUGAAAUAGCGGAGGCUGUAGUUGGUGCCUUGAAAGGGGAACUUUCUGCAACUGCUGUCAAUGCUCCUAUGGUCCCUCCUGAGGUUCUGUCGGAGUUAGCUCCCUAUGUGGUGUUGGCUGAGAAGCUUGGUAAGCUAGCAGUACAACUUGUAGCUGGAGGGAGCGGGAUCAAAUCUGUGAAGGUGAUUUACAAAUCUGCUCGUGGCCCAGAUGACUUGGACACAAGACUUCUCCGUGCAAUGAUUACAAAGGGCAUGAUUGAGCCAAUAUCCAACUCAUUCAUCAACCUGGUCAAUGCAGAUUUCACAGCCAAGCAGAAAGGUCUUCGCAUUAGCGAGGAGCGAGUGGUGGUAGACUCAUCUCCUGAAAAUCCUGUUGAUUCAAUCCAGGUGCAAAUAUCAAGUGUGGAGUCAAAAUUUGCUAGUGCUUUGUUGGAGAAUGGAGACAUUAGCAUCGAGGGGAAAGUUAAAGACGGAGCGCCACAUCUCACCUGUGUGGGAUCAUUUGGUGUGGAUGUAAGCCUAGAAGGGAACGUUAUACUAUGCCGACAGAUAGACCAACCAGGCAUGAUUGGGCGGGUUGGGAACAUACUUGGCCAGAACAAUGUGAAUGUGAGCUUUAUGAGUGUGGGGCGUACUGUUGGGAGAAGAAAGGCCAUCAUGGCAAUUGGCGUGGAUGAAGAACCAGACAAGGAGACACUCAAGAAAAUAGGAGAGGUAUCCGCGGUAGAAGAGUUUGUGUUCCUCAAACUAUAGGGCAGUCAAUAAUUGCAUUGGUGAAAGGCUUGGUUGAAGAAAGUGAUCGAUAUAUAGUUUUGUAUUUCUUUUGGGAAACAAAUGGAUGGUGUGCAGUUGGAGUUAGUUGAGAAUAAGUCCCGGCUGCCAAAUGAAUAAAGCAGUCAACUCUGCCUGUCCAUGGUUGCUGGAACUUGGGUUUCAUCCGCAGUCUGUUUUCCUGUGUUAUAUAUCAGUAGGCAGGUGGUGUUGGAAAUGUUAUAGCAUGAUAGUUUAUUCGCCAGAAAAAUAAGAAAAAACAAAAAAAGGGGGGGGCGGGGUUGGGGAUGGCACUUGAAAGAGAGUGAAUUGUUGUUGUUUGUGUGUGUUUGAUGGGGCGCGAGUGGCCGUGGCAGCAAUUGUAGUAGGUCUUUCUUUGCAAUUGCGUGCAGGCUUUUUGUUCUUUUUUAUGUACCUUUUUUUCUGAAGUGGUACACAGCCACACAGGAGGUGCUUUCCUCUUGUAAUUCUGGUUCAUAUAAUUUGUUCAAUGUAGCAAUCCUUGAAAGCCAUUGCCCCACCACCAAUAAUGCCUACACUUUAGAGGGUUUCCUCUUUCCAGUGUGGGGAAUGUAAACCAGAGAUUUGGUACAGAGCUUUAAUAUUUUCUUUGCCAUCCC